AUGCCCUUACGGCUUACCAUUGAAGAUGGCCAGUUCCGCGAUGCCCAUGGCCGUCAAGUAAUGCUCCGAGGAAUCAAUCUCGCCGGGGACGCAAAGUAUCCCAGCUCUCCGGACCUCCCGUCUCAUAUACCAGACAAGUUUUUUGAUGGAGAUGAUGUUAAUUUUCAUUCUCGCCCUUUCCCGGGAGAAGCGGCUCAUGUCCACUUCGACAGGCUGAAACAGUGGGGCUACAAUACGAUCCGAUACAUAUUUACCUGGGAGACAAUCGAGGCGGCCGGGCCAGGCAAAUACGACGAAGAAUGGAUUCAACAUACAAUUGAGGUCUUAAGGGAGGCAAGAGAUUACGGCUUCUACAUCUUCUUGGAUCCGCAUCAGGAUGUUUGGUCUAGGUUUACAGGUGGCUCUGGAGCCCCCAUGUGGACUCUGUACGCCUGUGGCCUGAAUCCCGAGAGCCUGGCGGUAACUGAAGCGGCAUUGGUACACAAUACUUACCCCGAACCGGAGAAUUUCCCAAAAAUGAUAUGGGCCACGAACUACAAUCGACUGGCGUGCGCUACCAUGUGCACUCUCUUCUUUGCAGGCCGUGACUUUGCUUCGAAGUGCAUAAUAGAUGGCCAAAACGUACAAGACUACCUUCAAGAUCAUUUUAUAAAGGCUUGCGCACAUUUGGCCAAACGUGUACACGAGGCUGGAGAUCUAGAAGACGACGUUGUUAUUGGGUGGGAAAGUAUGAAUGAACCGAACCGUGGACUGGUUGGCUGGGCAGACUUGACGGUCCUGCCAAGCGAGCAGCAGCUCAAAAAGGGUACCGCGCCAACCGCAUGGCAAGCAAUAUUGACGGGCUCUGGUAGAGCGUGCGAGGUGGAUACUUGGGAUGUUGGGGGCAUGGGACCCUAUAGGUCUGGUCUCACUCUUGUGGAUCCACAGGGGAAGACUGCAUGGCUUCCAGCUGAUUAUGACGAUUCAAGAUAUGGCUACAAACGAGAUGCUGGAUGGAAACUUGGGGAGUGCGUCUGGUCGCAGCACGGUGUCUGGGACCCCGACACCGACACAUUGCUGAGGAAGGACUACUUCAGCAGGAGUCCGCAUACAGAUGAAGUCAUUGACUACGAGGGGUUCACGAACACUUACUUUAUGGACUUUUAUCGAAGAUUUAGGGAUGCAAUCCGAGCACACCACCAAAACUGCAUCAUCUUCUGCCAACCCCCGGUUUUAGAGCUUCCUCCCUCCAUCAAAGGUAACGCAGAUGAUGAUCCAAAAAUGGUCUACGCACCGCAUUAUUAUGACGGUAUUACCUUGAUGACUAAAAAGUGGAAUAGGUUUUGGAAUGUGAAUGUCUUCGGCGUCUUGCGUGGCCGGUAUUUGACCCCGGCCUCCGCGAUAAAGCUAGGAGAGACGGCAAUCCGCAAUUGUUUAAGAGAUCAAUUAUCAGCCAUCAGAAAAGAGGGUGAAGAUUAUAUGGGCAAUCAUCCAUGUGUCUUGACAGAAUUUGGUAUUCCGUUUGAUAUGGAUGACAAGCACGCCUACAAGACAGGGGACUACUCCAGCCAGUCUGGUGCUAUGGAUGCGAAUCAUUUUGCAGUCGAGGGUAGCCUCAUGGGAGGAUAUACGUUGUGGCAGUAUAUGUGCCAGAAUAAACACCAGCUGGGCGACCAGUGGAACGGAGAGGACUUGUCGAUAUUUUCUCUUGAUGACCUGCCGCUACCUCUUUCUCCCACGGCAGCCAGUCUAUCUAAUGAAUCAACAACAUCUUUACUUCAACACACAGGACUAAAUAUGAGAGAAAGCUUGGAUAAGUCGACAGUAAACCCGAGCAACUUGAAAGCAAAACUGAGAACACCUUCGAUCACAUCAAGAAUGACGGAUGUGCCUGAACUAACAAACAAUCCUGGAUUCCGAGCUGCGGAAGCCUAUGUGCGACCAUCACCUGUUGCAAUCGCGGGCACGAUUCUUAGUCAUGGAUUUGACCUCCGAAAUUGCACCUUUACCUUGAAGCUCCUUGGUCACGAGACAGUUCCAGACGCGCAAACGACAGAUAUCUCACUUCCGGAGUUCCAUUUCCCAAAAGACAAGUGUGAAGUCGAAGUUACUUCAGGAAAGUGGACCAUCACAACGGAUGAUAGUGACAAUAGCUCAAUUCAAAGGCUGAGAUGGUGGCACCUGGACGGCGAGCAAACAAUCAAAGUCACUGGCGUGUGUAUGCCCCAUCACGGUUCAAGUUCCGGGCCUAUUGUGCUUCCUCCAUUGCCCCAUGCUCUGGGCAUCGUCCCCUCCUUCUGCGUCAACGGCCAAAAGACGUUGGUCAUGAAGGAGAAGGUCUGGGCCUUGGCCCAAGGCAGCUUCCAGAUCCGCGACGUGUCCAACGUGGAGCUGCUGCAGUGCAAGGCGAAACUCUUCAGCCUGCACCACCAAAAGUUCUUUUAUGAUAUGCAGGGCAAUGAGCUCUGGUCACUGAAGCACAAGCCGCUCAGUAUCCCCAGGCAGUAUUACGGCGAGGGACCGGAUGGGCGGGAGGUUUUCCACGUGCAAGGACAUUGGCAUUUGGGAGGUGCCCGCAUGACAGUGUCAUUCGUCAACACAGCCGGGAACAGCGAGCCCAUUGAGCUCGCGCUCUCGGGUAACUGGAUCGGUCGUUAUUGCACGAUUACAUGGAAUGACAGGCCAGUUGCGCAGAUAACUAGAGAUUACUUCAAUACUCGGCAGAUUCUGGGAGAUGCUGAUACGUACUACGUGACAAUUGCACCUGGUAUGGAUAUCGCUCUCAUCGUAUCUCUCUGCGUGAUGUACGACGAGGAGACGAGGAAGGAAAGAAGUAAUCAAGGAAGGCUUCUCAAAGUCGGAGUUCUGGAUCCGCGGGCAGCUUAA